AAACCUAAAGUCCUUCCUCUCUCUCUCUCUCGCUCUCUCCGUUGCUUGUGCGAGAGUGUGCGUGGCGAGUGUGCGUGGGAGAGGGAGAGGGAGAGAGAGAGAGAGAUUCGACCAGUGAGUCGAGGAGUAACCGCAGGAUGGUCUUUCUUACAAGACCCAGAAUUCGAUUCUUGUCGCCUCGGUAAUCCCACCGUCUUAUCUACCCCCCCCCGCGGCGCGGCACCGAUUCCUUCCGUGGAAAUGGGCGCCGGUUCUUGACGACAGCGGCUCGGGAGAAAUUCCUCAUCUGGGUAAGCCGCCUACGCGGGGAUUGAUCUGCGGGGGGGCAAUUCGCGGAAGGUCGGGUCGCGGCGCGUUAGGUGACGCGAGCGGAAAUCUGGGUUUCUUCUUGUUAGGUCUUCCCGAGGGGGUGGUUGUUGUUGCUAGAGUUUUUUGGGGCGUUUUAGAUCUGGGCGCUGAGGGGGUGCUGCCCAAUUUCUGAUUUUGCUCGUGGGGUUGUUAUCAGUUAGAGUGUGUUGCUGAUUGCGACACGUGGAGGAGGAGAGGAGAGGAGAGGGUGGUGUCUGUGCCCCUUAUCAGUUCUAUAUUCAUGUGCUUUUCGCUCGGGUUAGUUACAUCACUGGAUCUUCUGGGUGUUCUUGCUGGGUGGCUUUUGGGUGAUGUGAGGAGAUGGAACUGAGAAUGGGCGGUGGCUGGGUAGGCGGGAGGCGCUCGGGGUGUUGAAAUUUGGUGUCUUUCGGCGAGAAUUGGUCAUUUUAAGAGGUUGUGGGAUCGCGAGGGUUACGGAUAUGGCGUCGUUCAAGAGCAUUAUUCAGGACGUGAAGGAUGAGAUUGGGAACAUCUCUAGGAAAGGGUUUGACCAUGUGAAGUUUGGGUACGGGCUGAGGUCACGCUCACACCGGGUUGUGCAGGACAGUUCGGUGGUGGUUGACGCGUUGAAGCAGAGUUGUUGGGCGAGCAUGCCGCCUGAGCUCUUGAGGGACGUGUUGAUGAGGAUAGAGAAGUCGGAGAGCACGUGGCCCCCGAGGAAAAAUGUGGUUGCUUGUGCUGGUGUUUGUAGGAACUGGAGGGAGAUCAUGAAGGAAAUUGUGAAAACACCGGAGGUGUCUGGCAAGUUGACAUUUCCAAUUUCCUUGAAGCAGCCUGGUCCAAGGGACUCCCUUCUUCAGUGUUAUAUUAAACGCAAUCGCAGCAACCAAACAUAUUAUCUCUACCUCAGCUUAGAUCAAGCUUUAAAUGAAGAUGGCAAAUUUCUUCUCGCUGCACGUAAGCUCCGGCGCCCUACUUGCACAGACUACAUCAUCUCUUUAAAUCCCGAUGACAUGUCCAAAGGGAGUAGCACAUAUAUUGGAAAAUUAAGGUCAAACUUUCUGGGCACAAAGUUCACAGCCUUUGAUGCACAGCCUCCAAGUGCUGGCUCCAGAGUCAUGAAAAGCCGGUCGACCAGGCUAGUGAACUUUAAGCAAGUCUCCCCGAAAGUUCCCGCUGGAAAUUACCCUGCAGUGCACAUAUCUUAUGAGUUGAAUGUCUUGGGAUCAAGGGGACCGAGAAGAAUGCAAUGUGUCUUGGACGCCAUACCUGCCUCUUCAAUUGAGCCAGGAGGAGUUGCCCCGACACAGACUGAAUUUAUGUCCAGCACUCUCGACACAUUUCCCUCAUUCUCUUUUUUCAGAUCUAAAUCGACGCGCGUAGAGAACCUUGAGUCUGGGAGACCAAUGUCUGCUCCAAAAGAUGGGAUGCUGGUAUUGAAGAACAAGUCUCCGAGGUGGCACGAGCAACUCCAGUGCUGGUGCCUAAAUUUUCAUGGACGGGUUACUGUUGCUUCAGUGAAGAACUUCCAGUUGGUGGCUUCUCCAGAACAAGGAGUCGCCGGUACAGAGCAUGAGAACGUUAUCCUCCAGUUUGGAAAAGUGGGGAAGGAUGUAUUCACAAUGGAUUAUCAAUAUCCUAUCUCAGCUUUCCAAUCAUUUGCCAUAUGUCUCAGCAGUUUCGACACUCGAAUUGCUUGUGAAUAGUUGACUGCCAGGCAGAGAAAAGGGUCUCUGGGAAGGCAUAGAGGUUUAACGUGUUUCUGGGAGCAUUCUGAUCAAGGGAUUUUGCCAGAGCUCGGUAGCACCUUUUUUUUUUCUUUUGAAGUUUACCCUGACUCGUCUGGUUUUCCUAUUGAUUUUUCAUUGUAUAUAUGUGCUUUUGCAGCUGAGAGACAUUUGUGUGUAUGAGUUUGGUUUCUUGUGCUUUUGACUAGUGUAUUCGAAUUCUUUGGUGAAUGAUUGCUGAGAGAUGCCUAGUCAGUUUGCUGACAGCUUUGAAAGAAGCCAAUGCCAAAAUCGAACUUGUUCGUGUGCUUACUUGAUUGACUUUUCUGAAAUGAAGAGUUAUGAUAUAAGUCAA